AUGAUGACUAGAACUACCAAUUCCUUUGACUUUCUGCUUCUGCUAGUCUGCUUUGUUCUACAGAUCACAUUUUCUUCCUCUUCUCUACCAAUUGAUGCAAAUGGGUACAUCGUUUAUUGUCCGUGUAUGGGUCGAUUUGGUAACCAAGCGGAGCAGUUUCUUGGGAGUUUAUCUUUUGCAAAAGCCCUAAAUCGCACAUUUGUCAUUCCGCCUUGGGUGGAGUAUGAACCAUAUGUUGUAGGAUCUCUUCGAGUCUCCUUUGACACUUACUUUCAAGUUGAACCCUUGAAACAAUUUCACAGAGUGAUCACAAUGGAACAAUUCAUGGAUAAACUGGCUCCCAAAAUUUGGCCACCCUCUAAAAGGAUCUCUUUUUGUUAUAUGUCAAGGGCUUCUAAAGGAUCAAAUUGUAAUGCCAAAGAAGGGAAUCCAUUUGGACCUUUUUGGGAUCAUUUUAAUGUUGACUUUGUUGGGUCUGAAUUUCAUAGCCCUCUCAGUUUUGAUAUCAGUUCUUCGGGUGAAACAAAAAUGUGGAAACAAAGGUACCCCUCAUCCAAAUUUCCAGUCUUGGCCUUUGUUGGUGCUCCAGGCCCAUUCCCAGCUCAUCAGAAUUCUCUUGGUCUUCAGCAGUAUAUCCGAUGGUCUGAUAAAAUUGAAAAUGAAGCAAAGGACUUCAUCCAAAACAAGUUACAAAAUCUACCAUUUAUAGGCAUUCAUCUGAGAAAUGGUGUUGACUGGAAGUCUGCUUGUUCUCAUGCUCGAAGUUCCCCACAGAUGUUUGCCUCUGCUCAGUGUACAGGUUAUCACAAUGAGCAUGGCCGCCUCACCGAGGAAGUUUGUUACCCAUCAGACAACACAGUUAUAAGACAAGUAAAGGAUACUGUAAAAAGACUUAAUAUCAAAGCUGUGUUUGUUGCUACUGACGAUCGGGAUUUGAUUAGAGAAAUGUCCAAGGUUAUGAAAAAGGUAAAAUUUGUUCGUGCCUUUCCAAGCAAUCCACACCUGGAUCUGGCCAUAUUAUCCAAAGCUGAUCACUACAUUGGUAACUGUGUUUCAACAUUCUCAGCUUUUGCCAAAAGAUACCGAGAUACAUUAGGAAAGUCCUCAUCUUUCUGGGCAUUUGAAAACAAUUCCAGGCACUUGGAACUCUGA